ACACCAGACUUAUAUACAACUCUCGAGCCAAAGAUCUCUCACCCCCUCCUCUCGCUAUUCAAAAUGCCAAGGCGGAAAGCAUACGCCGUUAUGCAUGCUCCGCACAGAAAAAUAGCAGCGGUUCCAUGCACGGUCGCAGCCAGCACUCAAUACACAUAUAAUCACGUUCCUGGAGGUUGAUCAUGAGUGGGCGGCGCCUGAGAGACAACGUGGGAUGCGCAUGCCACCUGAGUGGCCAAGGGGCCCUGCAUUGUGCCCGAAUAGGCAAGACGCCAGGCUGGAGGGCCUGCGAGAUCUGCGAGGGACGGCCGUUCAAGUGCCGAAGUGGCACAAUAUCAGCGUUAUCAGUAGUAGUGGUGGUAUCAAUAUCAAAGCGACCUUGCGAUAUCGUCCGGCCGGGCACAAAUGGCGCUUUUUUGCAGACGCGAGGGCGGCGACAAGCCGGAGCAAAAAGUGCCGAGCCUUGGGCCGGCGCUGUCUCUCCGCAAUGACAUGUCUUGGAAGUCGAUGAAAAUCACAAUUAAACAUGCCCGCUUCGGCCGUCUACCGCGCCGGUUAAGCCGACGACGAC